AUGGUGUUGCUCGAUGGUCAGGGACAUGUCGCCUUUGGUUUGGACGAAUAUACAAAUAACUCAGAUGUAGCAUCCGAAAUUCGCAAAUCAGACUACAGUGAAGGUGGAACGGACGUCGCGGCUGGAAUGCACACCGCUUUAACAGAAGUUUUCGCGGAAGUGUCAAACCGUGAUGCAGUUCCUUCGCCUCCGAUCAUCAAAAAAUGGGCUCCUCCUGGUUUAGCAUAUUGGGGAUUCAUCCAAUAUCUCUGCAAAGUUGUUUCAAAUGAGGCCGUUCGAAAGCACGCUGAUACGAUCACAACGUGUUCGUUUGAGAGAACAUUUAAGGAUAAGCAGACAUAUCGAUUGGUGCCUGAAAGUUCAUCAUUCAUAUCUGGUACGUAUUGUGAAUUCCGAAUCGCAUAA